AAAAUUUCUACUUUCAACUUGAAGAUUUUUGGAAUGAAGAUUUAAAUCUUGAAACAGCUAAUAAUAAUGAAUAUAAUAUAGAUAAUGGUUUAUCUGUUUCUUAUUGUAUAAGCAAUGCAAUAUCUGAAAUGAAUAGAACCCAAGAAAUUAAUUUAGAUCCAGAGUCUAAACUUUUAUUAGAAAAGCUUAAAUCAAGUGGAAAUAAUAAUAAUAAUAUAGUUGAAAAAAAUCAUUUGGGGAAUCAUUUAUGCAAUAAUGUAGCUCUUUUUCUAUUACGAAUUGGGUCUUUUGUAAUAGUUAAAUUUAAAAAUCUUGAAUCUCUUUCUUAUGUAUCUUUGAAAAUUUUUUUUCAUAUUGAUGGUGCAAUUUUUUCAGCAAUUCGUGAUCAAUUUUAUAUUUUUUCUCAUGUUGAAGCUUUGCAUAUUGUUUAUUAUUUGGCUUCAAGUGAUAUUAGUAUUAAUGAGAAAGUAUUAGUUCUUAAAGAACAGGCAAAAGGACU